AUGCUGCCCCUGCGCGCUACCCCUGCGCGCAAGUCCUUUGUUCUCGCUCUUGAAGAGGAAAACCAAGUACAUACAAUAGAGACGACGUCGCCGAAGUAUUCGGAGGUAGAGACCUCACCGGUACCCCUUACCUGGGGGAGUGAGUCCACCCCCGCCUCACCCUCACCACCCUCCGGCAUCAGCCGUCACUGCUUUCGUCCAACCCACAAGAUAUUUGCUCUGUCGGUCGUGCCGACGAUGAAAGGAACGAACGACCUGGCGCAGGCGACCAAUACUGCUUCCUCCCCUACCUCACGUAUGCAACUUGGCACCUCACCUAGAGCGUCUUCUGCACCGCCGGGAUCACCUUCACCAGUUCGCAGUAUCAUCGACUUCUACCUUGGGCAUUCACCGUCACUGCACCGACCUACACAGUACGUGACGAGUGACCUUACGGAACGCGAGAAAGGGGAACUCAAUAGUGAUGCAGAGGCGCCAUCCCCCUCGCUAUCAUCGUCUCAGGCUUCGGAGCUUUUUUGUCAGAGCCGGACCCCAGCGCGUGCCUACAUCGAGGAUUUUCUGGCGACGACAGAUGUAGAUGAGGACGGUGACGGUGACCUGCGGCCAGUAAGGACCGCACCGCCGAUACGCGACAACGGCAGCGUAGCAGCACCUAAUCCUAUAUCAACCUCGUCGCGCGUAGUCCGCGUGGCGGUGGGUAACUCACCGGUUGUACCAGAGAUGUGGGACGACACGAGCUCGUCAUCGUCCACGUCUUCAACAGAUGUCUCGGAUGGCUUUGAGAAGGCAGAGGUGUCGCAGCAGCGGCUCCACAGUGAGUCGACCGCGCUCAUCCAUCUCGACUCCGCUUCGCCGAACUCUCCGUUACCUACUCAGCUGACCGCCUCCCCAACGCUGUGGAGGCGGUGCACGAAAGACUCGCUUCAGCGGGAAGGAAACGCUGCGCAUGUACCGCAAGUGUCCGUGUCCAUGAUACAUGAGAAACAUGUAACCGCCCCAAUUCCUCACACGAAUGCAGCACCGCCUGUAACUCCCUUCGCUAUGGAUGCCAGAACCAACCUCAACAGGAGUAGCUCUUGCCUGUCCCAUCGCACCGGAGAUGUUCACCAUUGUGAGGCAGUGGAGAGAGUCUUGCGCUUCCCACUCUAUACGGAACCGGUGGAAGGCGCACACAUAGACUCCGCGGAGGUGGUGAACGAUGUGGGCGAGAAGGUUACACAGAUAGCCUGUACCACCACGCUCGCUACGCCUGUCAUCUCAGAUGAGGUCGUCAGGUAUUGUAGCGUAGAACAGCGAGCACACCGGUUGCCAUUCCUAGCGCCGCCUUACUCGUCACCGUCACCUAGUCAUACCCUGGCGCCAUCGUCCGUGGAUGUAGAGAAAUGCGUCACGAUACAACCUCCCACUAGUGCUGGAGAGAACAGUCGAAGCGACUCAUGGUGCGGAGGUGUUGGCGGCAGUCAAAAUGCAGCCUGUCGCGCGGCAGAGACCGACGUGAAGUGGCAGGCAGUAGCCGCUGCCGUCGCAAAGCCACACGUCGUGGGGCAGGGCGAUACAGCUCAAGGGACAGUGUACCGCUUAGUGGACAGCAACGCGGCUUCUUUUCCCAUGGAUCAGCGGAAUCCUGAACCACCGCUGCUGCGGCACGCCGCGAAGCAGACGGCUGCCAGUGAGCGUCCCCCGCUGCAAAGUUCCUCGGCGAAAAAGCCAAGUGUGCGCUCGCUUCUCGUAAGGCUCUAUCCAGGUCCGUCCACGCCAACGCACCCUGGCGCAGAUCAUAAAAUCGCGUCUCAUGACAAACGCUAUGUCUCCCAGAUUCCCCAACACACGGCUGACCCACCACCGCCUCGUUGGAACGUGUCCACCAAAGCUCACUACAGCCCGCUCACGGAAGGUACUGAGCUGGCGCAUGCGGGCAAAUGCCACCUCCGAGUACGACAAGGCAGCCGAAGUUUGAACAGUGACGACUACAUAAGCGAGCGGAUCGAAGGUUCACAUCGCCGCCUCAGUAGGUCCGUGCCGCCAAAGGCACCACUGCACACGCGCACCUCGCUCUUGCGACUAGAAGCGACAAAAACACGCAAAGAGGCAGAAGCAGCGCUUCGUGAAGAAAUUGAAUCGCCGUCAUUUCAUCCGACUGUUUCGCCGCAGAGCGCACGUAUCUGCCGAGAAAAACUUCGAGAACUGAAGCGAUCGAAGGGUGCUGUUGCGACUGUCGUGAUGCACGGAUUUCAGCAGGAGCAGGCAUCGCGAACCCAACACUUCAAAAGAAAUGCCAAAGUGCGGCAAGGCACCUUUGGACAGGAUGUCUUGUGGGGCGACGCCACAGUGAUGGCGGAGGUCUCCUUGUCGAGCUCAGAUGAACCUGAUGCACUAGCGAAUGCCCAGGUGUUGCAUCCAUCAGCCCCCUUAGUGAGACGUCUAUCUGCCACACAACCACCUACGCCUCAGGUCUCGGAGUCUUGUGAAAUGAGUUCCACCACCGGUGCACUUGUGCACACGGGCACCGCUGUGCUGCGAGCACGUCAGCAGACAUGGCCGCAUCAACGGCUGCAAGCGAUAAAACGGGAAGAGCAGUCGCAGAUGCCCAUGCACCAUCACAGUAGUGCUUCAUCUUCGGCCCUGCGACAGUCGACAGAUGAUCCAGGAUGCCUGGAGCCGCUUCGUCUACAACCACUCUCUUCCACAAAUCACAUUGACAUCUCGACGCAGUGCAAUCUGCUGCCUAGUGAAUGCGCGGCGGCGUCCACAAUGACGGCUUCUCCUGGUAAGGAAUUACAGCCCAGUGCCAUCCCCUCGUCGGCUGGCGCAGAAGACGCGCCACUUCUUUUCGAUAUGCCGAUUGAAACGCAGACGGCGCUUCACCGCGUGGACUUUUACAGCGCAGCUCUACCCGACGCACCAGAGACGCACAUCACCUUGCCGGAGAGGCAGCAGCGGAUGGAGGACCGACUUCGGGAACUUGAAAUGGAUCGGCGACGUCGACUGACAAUGUCAAGCUACCAUGCACAAGCGUGCGGCUUGGCGGCACGGCAACCCCUUUGCAAACCGUUCACAGGUCGUUGA